AUGGAUCCAAAACCAAGUCAGCAUGUGUCAGAGGUGGAAAGCCCAGAUUCAACUGAUCGAUUGCUGCCUGAGGAGCAGAGCUUGCAGCAGAACAAGUUCCAGCGCCAUUUAAACACCUGGAAUGCACUUCUCACUGACACAUGGUUUCCUGAAACUGUCGCAAUGAUAUUUAGCGUUGCGUGUUUUGUUGCUAUUAUUGCUCUUGUCAAAGCGUUUGAAGGGAAGCCAGCGCCAGUUUUCUCGCGCGUGGUGACACUGAACGCCGUUGUCUCAGUAUUAGGGACAGCAUCCAAAUGCUCCCUUCUUUAUGUGGUGAGCCAGUCUAUUAGUCAAUGGAAAUGGGUAUUGUUGAAGACCGAAAGGCGGCAACUACGUUGUAUUCAAACCAUUGAUGAUGCUAGCCGCGGACCUUGGGGCUCCAUCACACUUCUGACCCAUGAACGGUGCUCUGUUCUCUGGAUUGGAGCAGCAAUCAUGGUGUUCACACUGGCGCUCGAUUUUUCGGUUCAGCAAAUCAUAAGGCAUUCGACUGAAAAUGUGCAGAGCCCCACUGGCUAUGCGGUGGCUAAGCAAGCGCUCAGCAUUGACCCUGCGUGGUACGAUAAAAGAUUUCGCAAUGCUGCGCACGCUGGGUUGUGGUACAAUUAUGACCCAAUCCCAAGCUGUUCAUCUGGAAACUGCACUUGGGACAGAUUCACCUCCAUCGGCUUCUGCAGCAAAUGCGAGGACAUGACGUCUGUUGCGAAAAUAGAAAACUGUACUUACAACAUACAAGACCGAGAUCCCGUUCAAAUGGUUCCGUGCAAUGUUUCCCUCCCUUCCGGUAUAUGGUCGGCAGAACCCAUAUAUACGAGACCGGGUGGUGCCAUGUAUUUACCAAAAGAUAUAAUAUGGCAAGUUGCAUGGUUCACCACUGGUAUUGACGAUCCUGUGGAGAGUAAAGCCAUGGUCUUCGCACACGCUGAGUUGGAUGUUGAUAAAAGGAUCAACGACACCAUUCCUCUCCCCGAAGGAAGGCUCAAAAUCAAACGGGUAAUGAAAUGUGCCAUAUCGUUUUGUGCUCGAGAUUACAAAAUUACUGUUUCACACGGUGCUCCUGCAAUUACCCUCACCAAUCCGGAUUGGGGGCGCAUGUACCCUUUCUUUGAUGAACAGAAGACUAGUCGCUCUCAACAGGGGUGCUGGACACCAAACCGAGCUUUGGGGAAAACGUCAAUCCGAGACCAAGAGGCUAAUCUACCUAAACCUACCAGAGGUUCUAAAGAUUCGGUCUGCCACAACUUCCUAGACCUUGUGGAGAAGUUCGGCAAUUUGAUGAGAGUCUUCUCUGGUGUAACUCACUGGGAAUGGUACCAGCCCGUAGGAUCAAACUGGACACUCAAAGAUAUCGGAAAUCCAGAUUCAGCUAUUCGAUAUGUCACCUCGAGAAUAUUAGAGGUUGGUGUUGGGGAAGCGGCGAAAAAUGUUGCUGCCUCUUUGACUAACGAUAUUCUGGACAAUAGCACCGAUACUGUAAACGGCACUGCGUUCGUUACUGAAGACCAUAUAUACUUUAAUUGGGUGUGGAGUAUUUUCCCCACGUUGGUUCUUACUGCUGGUGUGGUAUUCUAUAUAGCAACAGUAUGGGCCAGUCAGCUUGAAGGGGUUUGCGUGUGGAAGGCAUCUAUAUUGCCCGUGUUAUACAAUGGAACUGAACGAAGUGUAUCGAAUGGUCAUCACGACCUGACAACUGUCAGCAAGAUGAGCUCUGUGUCUCAAUUGACCGAUGUUCAACUGCAGCCAUCGGAUUCGACAGGAAGUAUGGUAUUACGAUAA